AGGGAAGAUAAGACCACCUGAGCGAACCGAUCAAAGGGACUUGACUUAUCCGAACCGAACGAUAGCAGCUUAAACUUAAAGCUAAGCCUCUCACGAGCAGCGUCGCUGCGCGGGGAGGAGCAUCUCAAAGUAUGGGGCAAAGGAUCAAGCGCUUUUACUUUGUCUCCCGGGAUCCACCACAGGUUGGGUUUGAGAGCCGUGUGAUGGGUGACUAUCCAGCACGACCCGGAAAGGAGAAGGGCCGGUGGUGGACGACAUUCGGGAAAGCCGGGCCGAUCGGGUGUCUUCAUUCAAGCGACGAUACAGAAGAAGAACGAAACGAAGUGAGAGGCCGGGGGGCAAGGAAAAGAGUCGAGUCGAUCAGGCUCGACGACCGAAAGAAGCAAAACGAAAUCCAGGGUUGGCCGAAAAAAAAACAACGCUAUGGAUACCAUGACCGAUUACCCUCGAUAAAGAAGAAUCUUUCUAAAUCACUUCGGAUCAGCGGGGCCUUAAAGCAUCCGAAAUACGCCGGGGUUGUAAAUGACAUAGCGUUCCUGAUAGAAAAUGACGACUCCUUCAGAAAAACGAAGUUAUUCAAGUUCUUUUUCCAAAAUAAGUCCCGCUCCGACGGCCCGACGAGUUAUCUACGGACCCUCCCUGCAGUGCGCCCCUCCUUGAAUUUUUUGGUCAUGCAAUACUUUUUUAAUACAAAGAACCAAAUGAAUUUCGACCCCGUCGUAGUUCUCAAUCAUUUCGUGGCACCGGGCGCCGCUGAACCAUCUACGAUGGGGAGAGCGAAUGCACAGGGAAGAAGCUUACAGAAGAGAAUACGUUCUCGUAUCGCUUUUUUUGUAGAAAGCUCGACCAGCGAGAAAAAGUGUUUGGCCGAAGCCAAAAAUAGGUUGACCCACUUCAUUCGCUUGGCGAAUGAUCUUCGCUUCGCGGGAACAACUAAAACCACCAUCUCGCUCUUUCCAUUCUUCGGUGCUACCUUUUUCUUUCUAAGAGAUGGGGUUGGGGUGUAUAAUAACCUUGAUGCCCGGGAACAACUCCUCAAUCAAUUAAGGGUCAAAUGUUGUAACCUAAUGGGUAAGGAUAAGGUAAUGGAAUUGAUAGAGAAAUUCAAAAACCUAGGUGGGAUAGAAGAAUUGAUAAAGGUAAUAGAUAUGAUGAUAGAGAUCAUACUGAGAAAGAGAGGAAUUCCGUACAGAUGUAGUAGGGGUUGCAAACCGGAUGGUACAAAACUGGGUUUUGGAAGAUAUGGCACUAAAAGUUGUAAAGCUGGUCGUCUUUCAUAUCGAGCCAUUGAAGCAGCGCGUCGGGCUAUAAUCGGACACUUACAUCGUGCUAUGAGCGGACAAUUCCGAAGAAAUGGUAAGAUAUGGGUAAGAGUUUUCGCGGAUCUCCCUAUUACCGGGAAACCCACAGAAGUAAGAAUGGGAAGAGGAAAAGGAAAUCCUACGGGUUGGAUUGCUCGUGUGUCCACGGGACAAAUCCCAUUUGAAAUGGAUGGUGAGGUGGGACAAGGAAUUGUCCCUAUGCUGCAAGUUCCACAGACUUUACCCGUGGGGGGGACUUCAUCCGUUAUGUUGUUAGAAAGCCAAAUAACUCAGGAUGAUCUAUUUAGAACUGUGGAACUAAAUGAAGAUAAAGUGUGGAAAGAUCUGAUUUCAUCUAAGGAGUGGCGAUUCACAGAGCGCCAUUUCCACUUUUGCGAACAAAAGAUCCAAAGAAUCAUUGAUAAAGCCCUCGAUAUGUAUGGAGAAGGAACUCUCAAAAGUUUAAUUGAAGGAAAAGAAAGGGAUCUCCGAGAUCUAAAUAUCGAGGAGAGCGAUAUUCGCAUAGACGAAGUAACACGAAUAUCUCCGGUAGUAAGUCUAUUUCCAUCAGCCGGCCGGUGGGAGCGAGAAGUUUGGGAUAUGUUUGGUGUUUCUUUCAUCAAUCAUCCGGAUCUACGCCGUAUAUCAACAGAUUAUGGUUUCGAGGGUCAUCCAUUACGAAAAGACCUUCCUCUGAGUGGAUAUGUGGAAGUACGCUAUGAUGAUCCAGAGAAACGUGUGGUUUCUGAACCCAUUGAGAUGACCCAAGAAUUUCGCUAUUUCGAUUUUGCUAGUCCUUGGGAACAGCGUAGCGACGGAUAAUUCAGAAUCAGAAUAGGUCCACCAGUCCAGGGGACAAAUCAAUAGGAAAUGCUAUUUGCUUUGUAAGAAGACUUCUAUGAAAGUGUUUCAAAAGAGAAUUGCUUCUAUCAAGAUAGCCGCCUUGUCAGAAGUCCUUCUCCAAGCAGUUUAUGCGCUUAAACCCUCGCCGUAGAAUCCUUUAACCGAGAUGAAUUGCUAAGCUUCUCAUUCGUUCGAUAAAGUGAAUCUACAGAA